AUCUCUGAUCUGGUUUCUUGAAUGAAUGAUAAUACAGCGGCGGUUCGGAUCCGCAGCUCCGGUUGAGCAACCACCAUGAACCCUCUUCCGAAGAAGCUGAAACAGCCAUCUUCAUCUUCCUUCUUUCUUUCCCCCUCUUACCUAUUUCUCUAUAUCCUCUGCUUUGCCGCUCUCUUCUUCAGCUUCUCUCUGUUCAAGACCUCUCCUUCCCCGCCUCAGAACAACCCUAGUACCGGCCGGGAAGCGCCGGCGGCGUUCUCGCCGACGUGCAACGUUUCAGAUGGCCGGUGGAUCUUCGAUUCGACGGCCAAGUCUCCUCGCUAUGAUCAUACCUGCAAGGAGAUAUUCAAGGGGUGGAAUUGCAUCGGGAGGAACAAAAGCAAUGCGCUCGAUAUCUUCAAGUGGCGGUGGAAACCCUACGGGUGCGAUCUCCCUCAGUUCGAUCCUCUCCAAUUCCUCCACCGGUUCAGAAACACCAAAAUUGGGUUUAUCGGUGACUCUUUGAAUAGGAACAUGUUUGUCUCAUUGUACUGCACCUUGAAAGGAGUAUCUGGUGAAGUGAAGAAAUGGCAUCCUGCUGGUGCUGAUCGUGGUUUUACCUUCCUGGAAUAUAACCUUACCAUUGCAUAUCAUCGGACAAAUCUUUUGGCUCGUUAUGGUAGGUGGACAGCCAAUGCCAAUGGUGGUAUACUAGAAUCACUGGGAUAUAAGGAGGGAUACAGAGUUGAUGUUGAUAUACCAGAAGGAACGUGGGCAGAUGCUCCACACUUCCAUGAUGUUCUAAUCUUUAACACGGGUCACUGGUGGUUUGCUCCAGCAAAGUUUGACCCGGUAAAAUCGCCCAUGCUUUUUUUCAAAAAUGGAAAACCUGUGACACCUCCUUUACUAGCGGAAAUAGGUCUCGAUUUGGCUCUUAAACAUGUGGUAUCAUACGUAGAGGACAGAAUUCGGGAAAAUGCCAUUAUACUAUUUCGAACACAGUCUCCCAGACAUUUCGACGGUGGUGAUUGGGAUCAAGGUGGCUCCUGUCUGCGAUCACACCCCUUGUCUCCUCAAGAGGUUGAAGAAUAUUUCUCUCUCAGAAAUAACGGAACUAACUGCGAAGCUCGUCUUGUCAAUGAACACCUUCGCAAGGCCUUGGAAGGCACUAAGUUUAGGACACUGGACAUCACUCGUAUGAGUGAAUUCAGAGCGGAUGCCCAUCCAUCGACCGCGGGUGGUAAAAAACAUGAGGAUUGCAUGCAUUGGUGCUUACCAGGUAUUACAGACACUUGGAAUGACCUGUUUGUAGCAUACAUUAACAACCUAAGGUAAAAAAAAAUAAAUAAAAAAAAAUAAAAAUAAAAAAAUGGAAGUAACAUUUCCUUCCCAUUAGAAUCUUUUAUAGAAUUGCCCACUUUCUAUAUGAUUCUGUAAAAUUUAUUUUGAGCAUGCUAAUGCUACUCUUUGCAAGCUUCUAAUGUUGCCUCUGUCACCCCUACUGAGUAGCAUUACUUAUUUUUUUGCCCAAGUUUGAAAUGGAUAAAGUAGUGUUUGAGAACUAUAAUUCAUUUGAAAUAUUAUAUUUUAAUUACAAUAUUUGAAAUCUCGUUAUUUCAAAUUCCUAAUGUUGCUUGGGAAGUUAUAGAAUUUCAAUUUUAAAAUUUGAACUAUGAAGUCGGCAAAGAUGGUAACGA